GCAUUUGAGAGUUGACCUGUCGCGGGUUUGUGACGCAGCCGCUUCAAAGACCCAUGGAAACAGCACGUACAAGUUUCGUCGUAAACUGUUGACUUUUUAACACAUUUGCGCUCUCAGAAUAACAAUGGGACGGGAGUCAAGACAUUACAGGAAGCGCUCGGCGUCCAGAGGCCGGUCUGGCAGUCGGUCCAAGAGCCGCUCUCCGGACAAACGAUCCAAAAAGGACGACCGGGCCGGAAACCGGGACAGAGACCGAACCAGGCGUGAGCGGUCCCGCAGCCGAGACCGGCGCAGGUCACGGUCCAGAGACAGGAAGAGACCCAGGCGCUCCAGGAGCAGGGAGAGGAGGAGAUCCAGGAGCCGAGACAGGAGGAGGUCCAAGAGCAGGAGCAGAGGCCGCAGGUCCCGAUCGUCCAGCCCCAGCAAAAGCAGGAAAACAGAUGAAAAGUCUAAGAGCAAGGAGAAAGACACCCCUGAUACCACGUCUGACAAGAAAAAGAUCAAAGAAGAGAAGGAAGAUGAAAAGGUUGAGGAUCAAGACUUUGACCAGAACAAGCUGGAGGAGGAGAUGAGGAAGAGGAAGGAGCGGGUGGAGAAAUGGAGGGAGGAGCAGAGGAAGAAAGCCAUUGAGAACAUUGGAGAGAUCAAGAGAGAACUGGAGGAGAUGAAACAGGGCAAGAAGUGGAGUCUGGAGGAUGAUGAUGAUGAUGAUGAAGAUGCGCCUGCUCCUAUGGAGGGAGAUGAUGACGAAGAUGGCGAGGGUAAGGGAGAUAGGAAAGAGAAGGAGAUGAAGGAGGAGAAGAAAGAGGAAGGAGAGGAGGAGAAGCAGACGCCCAUGGAGCAGCAGGCUGAGGAGGACGACAUGGAUCCCCUGGAUGCAUACAUGGAGGAGGUCAAAGAGGAGGUGAAGAAGUUCAACAUGGGAGCUAUGAAAGGGAACGACAAGAAAGGAGCCAUGACAGUUACCAAGGUGGUAACAGUCGUUAAAACCAAAAAAGGACCACACACUCACAAGAAAAAGGGUGAGCUGAUGGAGAACGACCAGGAUGCUAUGGAGUACUCAUCAGAGGAGGAGGAGGUGGACCUGCAGACGGCUCUGACAGGCUACCAAACCAAACAGAGGAAGGUCCUGGAGCCCGUCGACCACCAGAAGAUCCAAUACGAGCCUUACCGCAAGAACUUCUAUGUGGAAGUGCCCGAGCUGGCAAAGAUGACCACAGAAGAGGUGAAUGCAUUCCGGAUGGAACUGGAGGGCAUUACAGUCAAAGGCAAGGGCUGUCCCAAACCCAUCAAGACCUGGGUACAGUGUGGUACAUCUAUGAAGAUCCUCAACGCUCUGAAGAAACACAGCUAUGAGAAGCCCACCCCCAUCCAGGCCCAGGCCAUACCCGCCAUCAUGUCUGGCCGAGAUCUCAUCGGCAUCGCCAAGACUGGCAGUGGGAAGACCAUCGCCUUCCUGCUGCCCAUGUUCAGACACAUCAUGGACCAGCGGCCCCUGGAGGAGUCAGAGGGACCCAUUGCUGUGAUCAUGACUCCCACCAGAGAGCUGGCUCUGCAGAUCACCAAGGAGUGUAAGAAGUUCUCCAAACCACUGGGGCUCAGGGUGGUGUGUGUUUACGGAGGCACGGGCAUCAGCGAACAGAUUGCUGAACUUAAGAGAGGAGCUGAGAUCAUCGUGUGCACACCUGGAAGAAUGAUUGACAUGUUAGGGGCUAACAGUGGUCGUGUCACCAACCUGCGCAGAGUCACUUAUGUUGUGGUGGAUGAAGCAGACAGGAUGUUUGAUAUGGGCUUUGAGCCACAGGUGAUGCGUAUUGUGGACAACGUGCGUCCGGACCGUCAGACAGUCAUGUUCUCGGCUACCUUCCCCAGAGCCAUGGAGGCACUGGCCCGCAGGAUACUCUCCAAACCCAUUGAGGUCCAAGUGGGAGGCCGCAGCGUGGUCUGCUCCGACGUGGAACAACAUGUGCUGGUGAUUGAGGAGGACAAGAAGUUCCUGAAGCUGCUGGAGAUCCUGGGGCACUACCAGGAGAAAGGCUCAGUUAUAAUCUUUGUCGACAAACAGGAGCACGCUGAUGGACUGCUGAAAGACCUGAUGAAAGCCUCGUACCCCUGCAUGUCCCUGCACGGAGGCAUUGACCAGUAUGACAGAGACAGCAUCAUCAAUGACUUCAAGAAUGGAGCUUGUCGUCUGAUGGUGGCCACCUCAGUGGCAGCCAGAGGCCUGGACGUCAAGCAGCUGAUCCUAGUGGUCAACUACAGCUGUCCCAACCACUAUGAAGACUACGUCCACAGGGCUGGACGCACAGGCAGAGCCGGCAAUAAGGGAUAUGCCUACACCUUCAUCACAGAGGAGCAGGUUCGCUACGCAGGUGACAUCAUCAAGGCCCUGGAGCUGUCUGGCUCUCCUGUCCCUCCUGAACUGGAGCAGCUCUGGGGCUCCUUCAAAGACCAGCAGAAAGCGGAGGGUAAAACCAUCAAGAGCAGCAGUGGCUUUUCAGGGAAAGGCUUUAAGUUUGACGAGACUGAACAUGCUCUGGCCAAUGAGAGGAAGAAGCUGCAGAAAGCUGCUCUGGGACUGCAGGACUCUGAUGAUGAGGAUGGAGCCCUGGAUAUCGAUGAGCAGAUCGAGAGCAUGUUCAACUCCAAGAAGAGGGUGAAGGAUCUGUCUGCUCCGGGUGCAGCCACCGGUCCCGCUGGUGCCAUGGCUGCUGCUGCAGCUGCUGCUGGGGGGCUGACGAGUCUUGGGGCCCCCUCUGCCGGAAACAUUCAGAAACUGGAGAUGGCCAAGAGGCUGGCGCUCAGGAUCAACGCUCAGAAGAACCUGGGUGCCGAGGCUCAGGACGUGAUGCAGCAGGCCACCAACGCCAUCCUGAGGGGUGGCACCAUCAUGGCUCCCUCAGUGUCGGCCAAGACCAUUGCAGAGCAGCUGGCAGAGAAGAUCAAUGCCAAGCUGAACUACACUCCAGUGGAGAAGCUGGAGGAGGAGCGGCAGGCCGCUGAGCAGGCCGAGACGGUCAAGAGAUAUGAAGAGGAGCUGGAGAUCAAUGACUUUCCUCAGACGGCCAGGUGGAAGGUGACGUCAAAGGAAGCCCUCCAGAGGAUCGGUGAAUACUCAGAAGCUGCCAUCACCAUCAGAGGAACCUACUUCCCUCCUGGGAAAGAGCCCAAGGAGGGAGAACGCAAGAUCUAUCUGGCUAUUGAAAGUGCAAAUGAACUGGCUGUGCAGAAAGCCAAAGCAGAGAUUACCAGGCUAAUAAAGGAGGAGCUCAUCAGAUUACAAAAUUCCUACCAGCCAACGAGCAAAGGCCGAUACAAAGUUUUGUAGAAGAGGAAGCAAGACUUGGUGGAGUCGUCGUCCAUCAACAAUCUCCUGUCUUCUACCUUUUCACUGCAUUUGUUGCAGAAUAUUUUAGUAUAUUUUGUCUGUGGUGACCCCUUCAGUUUAUAUUUUAGUGUCAUUUUGUUAGACAGAAUCCCUUUUUUCCUUAAUUUCCUUUAUGCUUCACUAGGGAAAUGAGUGAUUUUAUACAUAGCAUACAAAAUAUGUGAUUUCAAAGUCACGUUACCAUUUAAAAUCACAAGGAGCUCAUACUUUGAGCCUCAUCUCGAAACUAUCUGCAAUAUGUCUCUGAAUGUAAGAUAAUUUUCAGUCAAUGUUAAAUAAAUUUUGGGGGUCAGUUUUCACUCUGAAGAGACUUAGUGAUGUAAAAUGUUUUUACUUUUCCUCACAAUAAAACUGUGUUGCUAAGG